CCUCCGGUGGGUCAGUCCUGGAGGGAAGCCAGGGCGUCAGGAGCCGGGUUUGGGGUGCCCCAGUGUUCCUUACUCAAAACCUGAAAUAAUAAAAAGGUACAAAACAGGGACCAGCUGAACACAUACUGGUAAAGGGGGCCCCAGACAGUUCCAGCAGCGGCUGAAAGACGCUGCUCUGCGGGGAUGGGCCGCCCGUCAAUUUCACUUUCUUCUUUGCACUUUUCUGUAUUUUCUGCAGCGUCUACGCAUUCAUUACUUUACCUUCAGGGAAAAAAAAUCUGGUGCUGAAAAGAGAUCCUUACCUAUUUCUUUUUAGGGCAUGACUGACCCUUCAGUGUUAUAGUGCGUGGAUGGGGCCCUUCCCUCCCUGACCGCCCCUUGCAGCCGGGACACCCGCUUCUACCUGCAGGUGUGGAGCCCGGCUCCGUGGUCAUCACCCGGCAGGCGGUGGACGCCUGCUUCAAGCAGGAGUUCGAGCAAAUUGUCCUCGGGAAGCGGGUGGUCCGGAACACGCACCUGGAGGAGCGGCUGGUGCAGGAGCUGGCGCGGUGCUCCGCGGACCUGGGCGAGUUCCCCACCGUCGUGGGCAAUACCAUGUGCACCCUGGACUUCUACGAAGGGCAAGGCCCCCUGGACGGGGUGCUCUGCUCCUACACGGAGAAGGACAAACAGCAAUACCUGCGGGCGGCCUACGAGGCCGGUAUCCGCAACAUCGAGGUGGAGUCGUCCGUCUUCGCCGCCAUGUGCAACGCCUGCAGCCUCCCAGCGGCCGUGGUGUGCGUCACGCUCCUCGACCGCCUGGAAGGUGACCAGAUCAGCAGCCCCCAUGAGGUGCUGGCCGAGUACCAGCAGCGGCCCCAGCGGCUGGUGGGCCGCUUCAUCAAGAAGUGCCUCUCAGCAGCCUGAGGUCCCCAAGUCUCCAGACACGAGCGUUGGUGUUUGCAGCAAAUAAAAUCAUU